AUGACAACCCAACAAGAAACCCUAGAAGACUCCAACGACCUCUUCUCCAUCUCCGUCGACGCAGACGACUAUGCCGAAGCAGCAGCGGGCGAUGCUCCCAGCGUCGUCGACCGCACUUUCCAAUCCGAAGAAGAGUUUCAGAAACAAAAAGCGAGUUAUUCGGCGAAGGUGCACCAGGGGAACCUGCUGGAGGACUUAGUGAGUGUUGUGCCAGAGUUGGAGUUUAGAGGUCAAGACGCUCAGGGACAUGGGGAGAAAGUGAACUUGGGAAAGAAGGACGUUCAACUGUUGGGGUAUGUGGUGGGAGAGAUGUAUUAUGAUCGAAAGUAUGGGGAGAUCUUGGAGUUGUGUGGGAGAGUCAAAGAGGUUUGUGAGGUUGAGGGUGGGGAGAGGGAGAAGAGGAGGUUGGAGGAGAGUUUGCAGAGGUGGGAAGGGAGGUGUAGGGAGAGACUGGGGAGGGGAAAAGGUAAUGACUUAUGA